GAUGAAAUGAAUGAACAAAACGCAAACCCGCUCGUUCGUUCCUCGCCUGCAGAAAGAAAAAUGGCAAAAUGGUGCUUGGUGUCUAGAAAGGUGACCUGACCUCGCGGCCGGCGACAUGGCGGCCGGCGGAGAGUUCGUCGAGGGAUGGCUCGUGGCGCAAGUGCUCGGUGAAGGUGCCUAUGGAGAGGUGCGGCUGCUGGUGCACGCGCGCAGCGGCGCGGCCGUGGCGCUGAAGGCGGUGCGCGCGGAGCCGGCGGCGGCGGGGGGGGCGGCGGGCGAGGCGUGCCGCGAGGCCGCGCUGCACCGCGCGCUGCGGCACCCGCACGUGCUGCGCUGCCUGGGCGAGCGCGCGCACCAGGGCCUGCACUACAUGUUCCUGGAGUACGCGCAGGGCGGCGAGCUGUUCGACCGCAUCGAGCCGGACGUGGGCAUGCGGCCGGCGGCGGCGCGGCGCUACUGGCGCCAGCUGCUGGCCGGGCUGCGCUACCUGCACGCGCGCGGCGUGGCGCACCGCGACCUCAAGCCCGAGAACAUCCUGCUGGACCACCACGACAACGUCAAGAUCUCCGACUUCGGGAUGGCUACGCUGUUCAGGCACGGCGCGCGCGAGCGGCUGCUGGCGCGCGUGUGCGGCACGCUGCCCUACGCCGCGCCCGAGGUGCUGGCGGCGGCCGCGCGCCCCUACCGCGCCGCGCCCGCCGACCUGUGGGCCGCCGCGCUCGUGCUGCUCGCCAUGCUCGUCGGCGGUCAGUACCCUCCUCCCCGCGCCCCUCCCGCGCCGCGCCCGCCGACCUGUGGGCCGCCGCGCUCGUGCUGCUCGCCAUGCUCGUCGGCGGUCAGUACCCUCCUCCCCGCGCCCCUCCCGCGCCGCGCCCGCCGACCUGUGGGCCGCCGCGCUCGUGCUGCUCGCCAUGCUCGUCGGCGGUCAGUACCCUCCUCCCCGCGCCCCUCCCGCGCCGCGCCCGCCGACCUGUGGGCCGCCGCGCUCGUGCUGCUCGCCAUGCUCGUCGGCGGUCAGUACCCUCCUCCCCGCGCCCCUCCCGCGCCGCGCCCGCCGACCUGUGGGCCGCCGCGCUGGUGCUGCUCGCCAUGCUCGUCGGCGGUCAGUACCCUCCUCCCCGCGCCCCUCCCGCGCCGCGCCCGCCGACCUGUGGGCCGCCGCGCUCGUGCUGCUCGCCAUGCUCGUCGGCGGUCAGUACCCUCCUCCCCGCGCCCCUCCCGCGCCGCGCCCGCCGACCUGUGGGCCGCCGCGCUGGUGCUGCUCGCCAUGCUCGUCGGCGGUCAGUAUCCUCCUCCCCGCCGCCCCGCCGCGCCCGCCGACGGAGUCCUCGGUCAAGAUCGCGGCGCGGCUCGUCUCUUUGAGCUGCCGUGGGAGCGCGCGGCGGCGGCGGACGCGCGCUGGGCGGCGUGGGAGGCGUGGGCGGCGGCGGGCGCGGGCGCGGCGCCUCUGCCGUUCGCGCGGCUGGCGGCGGACGCGCUGGCGCUGCUGCGGCGCGCGCUGCAGCCGGCGCCCGAGGCGCGCCCGGCGCUGGAGCGGCUGCUGCGCAUGCGCUGGCUCGAGCAAAAAGAGGAGGAGGUGCGCGCCUGGCGCUCGCAGCCCUGCGCCGCCGACGCCGACGCGCCCGACGCCGAGCUGUCGGCCGCCGACAUGGACGCGCUGCUCAGCCACUCGCAGCCCGCGCAGCCCGACGACCUGCUGCUGGCCUCGCAGCACGACUCGCCCGGCGCGCAGAAUGAGCUGAUAAUGCAGCGGCUGGUGCGGCGCAUGACGCGCGUGCGCCUGCGCUGCGACGAGGCGACCGCGCUGCGCGCGCUGUGCGACGCCGCGCGCGCGCUCGGUUACACCACGCGCCGCCUCGACCACAGCCGGGUGGCCAUCGAGUGCGACGCGGAGGUGCGCAUGCGCGCGUGGGCGGCGCGCGCGGCGGGCGGCGCGCUGCUGGAGCUGCGGCGCUCGCGCGGCUGCGGGCUGCAGUUCAAGCGCCGCUACCUGCGCCUGCGCGACGCGCUGCGCCCGCUCGCCGAGCCCGACGACUGAUUGUGUUAAUAUUAUAGCUAGCGAUAUCACACUAUUUUUGUACUGAUUUUUUAUAAUAAACUCCUUUAAAAUUAAA